UUAAAAAAUUAUUUUACAUAUAAUAUGUAAAAAUCAUGUCCAUUUAUUAUAAACAGUUGCAACAGUUGUGUAUAGCCAUUGAUAAACACUGGGACAUAUUUACAAAUGAUGUGGAAGUUCGAAUCAUGAAAGAUUACGUUAUGCUAUCACGAAGGUUCACAAUAGUUUUCUCGAUGCUAUUGUUUUUCACAGUGUUAAUAUUUGUGUCAAUACCAUUAAUACCAGUAUUGUUAGACACAAUGCUACCUCUUAAUGAAUCACGUCCGCGAGUUUUUGCGAUCGAAGUCGAAUUCAGAGUGAAUAAAAAUGAUUACUUUUUAAUAAUGUUUUGUUACACUACCAUUGUAGUUAUAAUAGGUUUAAACAUUUCAAUUGGUGUUGAUACAAUGCACUUUGCCUGCACCGCUCAUGCAUGCAGUUUAUUUGCCGCUGUCAGUAAACAAAUUGAAAAUAUAAUUUCCAAAGCUUAUAAUAACAAUAAAGUCAGCAAAUGUGGAUAUCAUGUAAAUAUGGAACUUAAUCCAUUUAAUGAGAGAAUAAUAUACCGGGAAUAUAUAACAUGUUUAAAGAAACAUCAGCUUGCUUUAGAAUUUGUGAAUAUAUUGGAAUCAUCAUUUCAAGGACUUUCAUUGCUUUUAUUACUAUUAAUUCUUGGAAAUAUAAGUCUAAUCGGAGUCCGAAUUCUUUAUGUAUUAAAUCAAAUGCAACAACUGAUAAAAUUCACAUUUAUGUUUACCGCAAUGUUAAUUGACUUGAUGAUUAUAUGUUAUUCUGGUCAAAGAUUAAUGGAUGAAAGUCAGGACAUAUUUUAUCGAGCAUAUGCUGCAGAAUGGUACAAAUUUUCGCCUCGAUUAAAAUCUUUGCUGAUGAUGACUCUUUACAGAAGUAAUAUUCCAUGUGGAUUGAAGGCAGGUAAUAUGAUUCCGUUAUCCAUCGCGACCUAUGCUGCGCGACAGCCAAUGAGAACCGCGCUUUCUUCCAUUGUUCUGGCAUUAUCGAUAAGACGUUUAGAGAAUCCCGCUGCUGGGUAUCAAUCAUGA